GAGCCAGGGCCCCUCCUUACGCAGGGGCAGGGUCAGCCCCCCAUUCCAGACAGGUCGGGAGGAGGCUGAUUUACAAGGCAGAUAAACGGAGGGGGGGCUCUGCCCGGAGCUGUGACCCCUGCUUGCAGCCACGGCCACCCUAGGAGAUAUAAGAGCACCCAGACUUCCGGACCCACUCUGGGCGGGUGCCAUGUGAGGCCCAGCCUGGCCCCCCUCCUGCUGGCCCUCCUCCUCCGUCCCUCCUCCCGCCUGCCCGGCCCGUGUCCAGCACCAUGUCUCUGCUCAGCCCUGUCCUGCAGCCGCCGCAGGUGAAGGCCUAUCUGAGCCAAGGAGAGCGCUUCAUCAAGUGGGAUGAUGACACCACGCUGGCCUCCCCGGUUAUCCUCCGUGUGGACCCCAAGGGCUAUUACUUAUACUGGACGCAUCAGAGCAAGGAGAUGGAGUUUCUGGAUAUCACUAGCAUUCGAGACACCCGCUUUGGAAAGUUCGCCAAGACGCCCAAGAGCCAGAAGCUCCGGGACGUGUUCAACAUGGACUUCCCCGACAACCACUUCCUGCUGAAGGCGCUCACCGUGGUGUCGGGCCCUGACAUGGUGGAGCUCACCUUCCACAAUUUCGUCUCUUACAAGGAGAACGUGGGGAAGGACUGGGCUGAGGAUCUGCUGGCCCUGGCUAAGCACCCGCUGACCAGCAACGCGCCCCGCAGCACCUUCUUGGAUAAGAUCCUGGUGAAGCUGAAGAUGCAGGUGAACCCCGAGGGGAAGAUUCCUGUGAAGAAUUUUUUCCAGAUGUUUCCUGCCGACCGCAAGCGCGUCGAAGCUGCCCUCAGUGCCUGCCACCUGGCAAAGGGCAAGAAUGACGCUAUCAACCCUGAGGACUUCCCAGAAUCCGUCUACAAGAGCUUCCUCAUGAACCUCUGUCCGAGGCCAGAAAUUGACGAGAUCUUCACUUCCCACCAUGCUAAGGCCAAACCGUACAUGACCAAGGAGCACCUGAGCAAAUUCAUCAACCAGAAGCAGCGGGACUCCCGGCUCAACUCCAUGCUCUUCCCGCCCGCGCGGCCCGAGCAGGUGCAGCGCCUCAUCGACAAGUACGAGCCCAGCGGCAUCAACGUGCAGAGAGGCCAGCUGUCACCCGAAGGCAUGGUGUGGUUCCUCUGCGGGCCGGAGAACAGCGUGCUGGCCCAGGACAAGCUCCUGCUGCACCAGGACAUGACUCAGCCGCUCAACCACUAUUUCAUCAACUCCUCCCACAACACGUACCUCACAGCCGGCCAGUUCUCAGGCCUGUCCUCGGCCGAGAUGUACCGCCAGGUCCUGCUGGCCGGCUGCCGCUGUGUGGAGCUGGACUGCUGGAAGGGGAAGCCCCCGGACGAGGAGCCCAUCAUCACCCACGGCUUCACCAUGACCACAGACAUCCUGUUCAAGGAAGCAGUGGAAGCCAUUGCAGAAAGCGCCUUUAAGACCUCCCCCUACCCUGUCAUCCUGUCCUUUGAAAACCACGUGGACUCACCCCGCCAACAGGCCAAGAUGGCUGAGUACUGCCGGACCCUGUUUGGGGAUACGCUGCUCACAGAACCUCUAGAAAAGUUCCCCCUGAAGCCCGGAGUCCCUCUGCCCAGUCCUGAGGACCUCCGGGGUAAGAUCCUCAUCAAGAACAAGAAGAAUCCGUUUUCUGGCCCAAUGGCCCCCAGCCAGGAGCGUGGUGGGGAGGCCGAGGGGGGCUCUCCACCCAGUGCUCCCUCUGGGGAAGACACAGUGUGGGCUGCUGAGGAGGAGGAGGAGGAGGAGGAGGAGGAGGAAGAGUCGGGAAGCCUGGACGAAGAGGAGCUCAAGAAGAUGCAGUCAGAUGAGGGCACAGCGGGUCUGGAGGUGUCGGCUUAUGAGGAGAUGUCCAGCCUGGUCAAUUACAUCCAGCCCACCAAGUUCGUCUCCUUCGAGCUGUCGGCCCAGAAGAACCGAAGUUACAUCAUCUCUUCCUUCACGGAGCUCAAGGCUUACGACCUGCUGUCCAAGGCCUCCGUGCAGUUUGUAGACUACAACAAGCGGCAGAUGAGCCGUGUUUACCCCAAGGGCACCCGCAUGGACUCGUCCAACUACAUGCCCCAGAUGUUCUGGAACGCGGGGUGCCAGAUGGUCGCCCUCAACUUUCAAACCAUGGACCUGCCCAUGCAGCAGAACAUGGCAUUGUUCGAGUUCAACGGGCAGAGCGGCUACCUCCUCAAGCACGAGUUCAUGCGCCGGCCGGACAAGCAGUUCAAUCCCUUCGCGGUGGACGGCAUCGACGUGGUGGUGGCCACCACUCUGUCCAUCACGGUGAUCUCUGGGCAGUUCUUGUCAGAACGCAGCGUGCGCACCUAUGUGGAAGUGGAGCUGUUUGGCCUUCCCGGGGACCCCAAGAGGCGCUAUCGCACCAAGCUGUCCCCCAGUAACAACUCCAUCAACCCUGUCUGGAAAGAGGAGCCCUUCGUCUUUGAGAAGAUCCUGAUGCCCGAGCUGGCCUCCCUCAGGGUGGCGGUGAUGGAGGAAGGCAACAAGUUUCUUGGCCACCGCAUCAUCCCCAUCAGUGCCCUGAAUUCUGGCUACCAUCACCUGUGCCUGCACAGCGAGAGCAACAUGCCCCUCACCAUGCCCGCGCUCUUCAUCUUCCUGGAGAUGAAGGACUACAUCCCCGACACCUGGGCAGAUCUCACCGUGGCCCUCGCCAACCCCAUCAAGUACUUCAGUGCCCACGAUAAGAAGGCGGCGAAGCUCAAGGAGGCCCUGGGAAGUCUGCCUGAGACGCCCUUCCUGCCCGGGGGUCCGGGUGCCCACCAGGUCAAUGGGGCCUCAGCCUCCGCCAGCAAUGGCUCAGCAGGAGCUAACCAGAGCCAACGGGCUCCCCAAAGCCUCCGCCCAUCCUGUGCUCCUGCGGCAGCCCGGGCCAGGGAAGAGGCCAUGAAAGAAGUUGCGGAGCCGCAGACGGCCAGCCCCGAGGAGCUGCGGGAGCUGAAGGGCCUCGUGAAGCUGCAGCGCAGGCAGGAGAAGGAGCUGCGGGAGCUGGAGCGGCGGGGGGCGCGGCGCCGGGAGGAGCUGCUCCAGCGCGGGGCGGCCCAGCUGGCCGAGCUGGGGCUGCGGGGCACGGGCUGCCGGCUGAGGCCCAACAAGGGCUCCCGGAAGAAGAGGAUCCCGCCCAGUGAUGAGCCCUCAGGGGUGGCGCCCAGCGAGGGUCUGGAAGGCCCGGAGGGCACAGACCCGCAAGUGCAGGAGCUGCAGGCCAGGCUGGAGCAGGAGCUGCGGCUGCAGGGCAAGGAGCAGCACCAGGGCAUCCUGAAGCGCAAGGAGCAGCACGCGGUGGAGCAAAUCACCAAGAUGACAGAGCUGGCCAAAGAGAGGCAGGCCGCCGAGCUGAAGGCCUUCAAGGAGACCUGGGAGAUUGACACCAAAGAGAUGAAGAAAAAGCUGGAGGCCAAGAGGCUGGAGCGGAUCCAGGCCAUGACAAAAGUCACCACGGAUAAGAUGGCCCAGGAGAGGCUGAAGAGAGAGAUCAACAACUCCCACAUCCAGGAAGUUGUGCAGGCCGUCAGGCAGAUGACAGAGGCCCUGGAGCGGAGCCAGGAGAAGCUGGAGGAGAAGCAGGCGGCUUGCCUGGGCAAAAUCCGGGAGAUGGAAAAGCAGUUCCAGCAGGCGGCUCUGGCAGAGUAUGAAGCCAGUAUGAAGGACCUGGAGGCGGAGGUGAAGGAGUUGGUGAGGGCCUGCCUCAAGGUCAGCUGCCCCUCGGAUGCCGAGGACAAGCCCGAGGCCUCCACGGGGCCGGCCCCCCGGGACCCACGCGCAGACAAGGCAGACACGCAGGAGAGCCGUCUCUGAUACUUGAGGCAGAGCUUGGCGCUGCCUCCGAGCUGCUCCCCGGACCCAGGCUGGGGCUCCCGCCCUCACCUCUGCCUGAUGGAGCCCGGGAGGUGACGUGGAACACUGUCCCCGCUGACUGUCCCCGGCC